AAUCACACUCCCAAAAGAAUUUUAGUAUUUUUUUAUAGAUAAAAUGUUGUAAAUUUUGUUUAAAUUUGUGUUAAAAAAACCGCCUGGUGUUAGAGAAACGUAUUUGAAAUGGAAUUAAAUGAAAUUUCCAUGAACGUGGAUGUCAAGUUGGACAUUUACGAUAAACGCCCCGAUUCUUUGAAAUUUAAAACAUGGACCAAAAGUGAAGUUAAAAUAGAAGCCAUUAAAUGUUUGCCUUGCUUUCUGCGUAUCACCAUCAAGUCCAUAGAAGAUGACCCACAUCAUCCAUGCCACCAGCUAAAUGUGAAAAUCAACGUUCCUGGGGUCUCAAUAAGUUUGGCCACAUCGCGCACAAAACAAUUUUCCUAUGGCUUAUUUUGGAACAAUCAUCGCAGGGAUUGUUUCAUUUAUUUUUCCGCUGAUACCGAAACAACGUGUCGCAAACAUAUGAAAUGGAUUAAAAAGUCUAUAAAAAAUUUAGAAAUCUAUCGACAAGUGUUCUUUGAACAAAGAAGGAAUAGCCGAUAUGGGCUUGCCGUGUUGCCGCUUAAAGGCGACACUUUACAAAAUACAAAUAAAAAAGUGGAACUGGUCCCUGCAAAAGAUGCCCUCGAUGCUCUUGGUCCACUACCACAAAUUCCUGUCUCUAAUAACAGUUUCAAUUGGUCGGGUGUCAGUCGUGUAUCACGUGCUUCCGACAUUUAUGAGGAAAUAUUGGAUGGCAUCAUACCUUCACAUCUCCCACGACGACUUUCACGAGCUUCUAUUGCCUCAGGCAUAUAUGAGGAAAUGAAGCCAUGUUCGCAGAGUGUUAUUAAUGCCAUAGUGGAGGAGCAUUUGGAUUGCCCUCCUCCAUUGCCACCUUUGCCGCCUCAUCGUAAACGCGUAAACACAUUUGGCAUUGAUUUGGAAAAUUCUCUAGGAGAGAUUCCCCGUUCAAAUACAAAUCCUGAAUCCGAUUUGGCCAAAAAGAAGAAAUAUAAAAAUGUUCUGGAGAAUAUUUUUGGCUCGGGACGCUCGAAGCGUGCUGAAAGUGUUAGCGAGACUCAAGCUUGUACCCUGGAGGAUAUCAUCAACAGUGGCUCAAACGAAAACUUUGAUAAUCCUUUAUAUGCCAAUGAUAUACCGAAUAAUCCCGAUUUGUUAGCCGUAAUAGGCAAUAAACGCAAUAGUUUUUCAAGUCCUGACUUGUCGAAAAUAAAUUUUUUAGAUACUUUCGAUGAAGAAAAAAUUGCCGCUUUGCUAAUGCUACAAAAGUCCAGUGAUGAUUUGGAUGAACACAACGAUUUUAACGAUGAAGAAAAUGAUUUGAUUGAUGGAGGCAUACAUAACUACAGCUCCCUGAGUUUGGAUGAUUCCUCCAUAGGACAUUCCACUUCUAGAGCUGUACUGAAACGACUACAUGCUUUGAAAUCUAAAUCUGGUUCCAUGGAAAGUCUUAACAUUUCGGAGCAAUUGCCACAAAAUUUCAAUUUCUCUGCCUGUAAUACUUCUUCCAUUAAUUUAGUGGGGUCAAGUGGUGCUGUGCCUUCAUUGCAAAAACUUAAACGAAAUAAAAUUGUCAUUGAAGAUGAUUUGACGGGCUAUUGUGUUAUGGCUCCUAUACAAAAUAAAAAGACUGAAACUCGUGCCACAGCAGUCACAGCUACAUCAUCCACAACAUCUUCGACUUCAUCGGGUUACUCCACCGGUUCGUACUGUUCCACAACAUCCUCAUCAUCAUCGAACACAAACUCCUCAGAGCACAAUAAAGAUGGCCAUCUGGAAGUAGCACCAAAACAGCAAAUACAGGCUAUUAAAAAAGUUACUGAAAGUGAUUACGACUUUGUGCCAUUACGAAAAACCCCCAUACCGGUAAAUGAGAGCAGCAAUAUUUAUGAGAACAUGCAGGGGGGCUCGCCAAUAAAUGUCAGUAUUAUUUUAAAACCCAAUGAACAAACGCCACCUUUGAACAAAGACUUUAGUGGAAAUCUCUAUGAGAAUUUAUUAACAAUAAAAGCCGCACAAGAAUUGGAACAACCAUUACCGGCCAAUGUCUGCACUAGUACACCCACCGAAAUGACGGGAGAAAAGGAAACCACCGAUAACGGAUUGGAAGAGCAAGAAAACUAUUAUCAAACUCCAAGAAAGUCCAUUAUAAGUGUGGAUGACAAAGUACCCUCGUACUAUCCAAACAGUUGUGAUACCAUUAAAACGAAAAGGGGAUCUGUAAGUCCUAUGAAACAACAAUCACCACCGUCCGCUCAAAAGUCCGAAGAAAAGGAGAAAACCCUUGGCCUCAAACAUUUGGUCAAUAUUAAAAUGAAACGGGAACGCAAAGAAAAUCUAUACAUAUCUUCACCUCAAAAAAUACUCGAUCAACGGAAAAAGAUCGCUAACGAUACGGCUGCAGCUUCAACGACUUGCACCAUACCCCGUCGAUCACAAAAUGCUCAGAAAAUUUCCGAUAACGUGUACACAGUCAAUUUAAAUAAAAGAAAAUCUCUAUUGCUGCCCACCAACAAUAAUAACAAUACGGAAAAAUCAUCAUACAACGAAGAGAACGAUGCCGCCCAAAUGAAUCAGAAACUCCAAAAGGAAUUAUUACAGUUAGCUUUAUUACAAAACAUCGAUUUUAAAUUUGAUGACACCUCUGAGACAAGUUGCGGCGUUAGAGGCACAAUGUCUGCCAACAGUUCACCUGCUUCAGCAGCCACUACACAGAGUGGCAUACGACGCCUAGAAGAAGCCGAACUGGAGUAUGAAAACUGCUUUAGGGCCAGCAAAGAUGCCACAAGAUUGCUGAAUAAAUAUGCCACUUUGGCUCCCAAACAAUCGAUGCGCAUUCGCCAGUUGCAGCAACAUUUGAAGAACAAUCAACAAGCUACUAAUCAAAAGGAUCUAAUGACACAAUCCACAAAAGUGGAAUCACCUGCCGCAACAGAGAUGUCCGGUAUGGUGGGCCAGGUAAUGGGUUCGAAAAAAUUUGCUUCUUUGCCAAGAUUCAAGAAAAUCGAUUUCUCACCGCUUAAAUUGAAAAUCAAUAAUGUGCUUCAGAGAAAUAAUCAUCAACCCGAUUUCUGAUCUGUUUCCUAUUGUAAGUGAUAUGAAAUGUGCUCGCUUGAUCGUUUAUCAUAUAACAUUUCCAUUGCGUUUUGAAAGCUUUAAUUUAUUGUUUUUCG